AUGGAAUUGGCUACUAGCCACACCCACAUGUACGCUCCGGCUCCUCAUCAGCCACAGCAUCAUCCGCAGCAGGAGAGAGUGGCGUAUCACCACUCUACGAGCGGUGGUCAAGCACCCACUGCCAUGAUGGCCAUGGAUCAGGAGGGAUCAUCCCCUUUUCUGUACAGCAGAAAUAACGGCCAUCAUUACAACCUCCCACAGCAUCAAGUCAACAACAACGCUAAUAGCACGAACAACAGCAACAACAAUCGUCCUCAGAUGAGCCCUACUUUCUACUCUAGGUCAAGCCCGAUUGCCAUUAUUCAUAACCCAGAAAACCCCGAUCAAGCCGCCAAAUUACGGUGGCAACACCCAAUGUACGACACGAGCGAUGACGAAAUGGACGACGACGAAUUCUUUCAAUCAGGAGUGUCGGUACAAACACUCACGUCACCAACAGAGGCUCCUCCUCGAGUGUCAGGACCGCAAUCCUUGCCCACCUCUCUUCUAAGAGCUCCCAAAUUGGAAUCACAACCUGCUCAGGAUUAUAGACUGCAUCAUCUGGCAACCUUGCCUCCACCUAUGUGUCUCAAUGGUUCUAUGGACGUUACCUCAUCCACACUGAAGAACGAUCAUUCCAACAAUAUCAGUGGAUCUCCCCCCAGAGAUACAAACAGCAGCACGGCUGUUAUUAGUCAAACCUACGUGGGGAAACCAAAAUACUUUUCAUCCUAUGGUUCCUUGAGGGAGUCACACUUGACGGGACGAUUUGGAGGAACAGGACACAACCAACCAGAGGUACAACAUGAUCCUGAUAAUCACAACACCACUGUGCGGUUCGAGCCACCUCCUACACUAAUACCACCACGCAAUCCACCCACAAACUUGACAUUAAUACCACCACGCAAUCCUCCCCCAGAUUUGGUAUUGCCACCCACGGCAGCCGCAGCAGAUAAUAUGCAGACAGAGGAUUCCCCUGCUCAAGCAGCAACAACACUGCCAGGAGGAGGAGACAAUUCGCAGAACAGCUCACCCGCAGCAGCAAAGCCCCUAUCCAUUCGAGACCGCAUGAUGCAAAAGGCACAGCAACAACAAAAGGAAAAGGAAGAAUCCAAUGAGCAAGAAGAUGGCGCAAGCAACAAUAAAGCAGCAUCGUCUCUUUCAGCCAUGUUGGAAGCAUCCGAGCAAGAUUAUCAAGCAAACGACCAAAGCAGGGCCUUCCAGGAUGACCUCAUGGGCUCUGCUUCAACAGCUAAAUCAGCAGAACAAUCUGCAAUGGAGCGGCAACCAGCAUUGCAUAGAUCAAGUUUGGGACCGGGUAUUUUGCCAGAGGGAAUUGCCCAGGCUGUGGCAAUUUCAUACAGUAGCAACCUGCACUUGUUCGCUUCUAGUCAUCAACAGCAGCAUCAGACGCAAGAACCAGACGAUCGUUCUUCGUCGGCCAUGUUGUCGUCUUCCAUGACAGGCCUGGAAUUACUGCGGGCAGCAUCCAAAUCAAAACCACCAGAGCGGCCUACUAGUUUGAGCAUCCUACGGGAUGCGACGCAGGGAUCAAUAUUGCAAAGACCUCCUCCUGCGGCUGCUCCAUCGGAUGGAACCCAGAUGGAGUCGUUUCAACUCAUCAGUCGGACCAUGUCGGAACCUAAUGCAAGAACAGGACCUCCCACGCCGAGUCCUACGACGAUGGCAUCUCCGGACAACACUGAACCUCCUCGUGGCAUGGUCCAUCUCUCGAAUGGCCGUGCUUUGAUACCUCCCAGUAAGACAACGGGGUUGUCUGCGGCGAUACAGCAACACGACGAGGCGGUGCAACGGCAACAGCAGCAACAACCGCAUGCACAGCAGCAUUCAUUCACGCAACAACAGCAGCGGCCUCAAGCGCUUGUUGGAACGUAUUCCUUCAGCACAUGGGGCACUCCUAUGGCGCCAGCUCCAAUAACGAGUACUUUUGGCAGUGGCCACAACCCGCCAUACGGCACUCAUUCUACUGGUACGGGCCACAAAGAGCCAAACCCAGAAACUCAAGGUGCCUUUGACAUGGACUUGGAGUGA